AUGCCGAGCAAUAUGGACACAGCCAUAGACUCUGGCCCUGGCCCUCUCACUGAGCUGGAGCACACAGGUGAGAGGGUCAUAGACUCUGGCCCUAACCCUCUCUCUGAGCUGGAGCACACAGGUGAGAGGGUCAUAGACUCUGGCCCUAACCCUCUCUCUGAGCUGGAGCACACGGGUGAGAGGGUCAUAGACUCUGGCCCUAACCCUCUCUCUGAGCUGGAGCACACGGGUGAGAGGGUCAUAGACUCUGGCCCUAACCCUCUCUCUGAGCUGGAGCACACGGGUGAGAGGGUCAUAGACUCUGGCCCUAACCCUCUCUCUGAGCUGGAGCACACAGGUGAGAGGGGUAUAGACUCUGGCCCUAACCCUCUCUCUGAGCUGGAGCACACAGGUGAGAGGGUCAUAGACUCUGGCCCUAACCCUCUCCCUGAGCUGGAGCACACAGGUGAGAGGGGUAUAGACUCUGGCCCUAACCCUCUCUCUGAGCUGGAGCACACAGGUGAGAGGGUCAUAGACUCUGGCCCUAACCCUCUCUCUGAGCUGGAGCACACGGGUGAGAGGGUCAUAGACUCUGGCCCUAACCCUCUCCCUGAGCUGGAGCACACGGGUGAGAGGGUCAUAGACUCUGGCCCUAACCCUCUCCCUGAGCUGGAGCACACAGGUGAGAGGGGUAUAGACUCUGGCCCUAACCCUCUCCCUGAGCUGGAGCACACAGGUGAGAGGGGUAUAGACUCUGGCCCCAACCCUCUCUCUGAGCUGGAGCACACGGGUGAGACGACUGUUUGCAGCAGAUUCCAUCAGCGCCUCCACUUUCUGCACAGGCUCAGACUCUUGGGUGUGUCAAAGACCAUCAUUGAAUCGCUGGGAGGUACGGGAUUAGCAGCUGGUUUGGGAAUCUUCUCAUAA